AUGGAGCAAAGCUCAACUCCUGACCGUCGGCGCAGAGGCGACGCACCUGCCCCGCCACCAUACAUUGUGGAACCGAUUACCACGCACACACACAGCUUCAUUCUCCUCCAUGGCCUUGGCUCCAACGGCGAAAAGUUUGGCCGCGAGCUGAUGGACACUGGAAAGAACUCCGACGGCCGUCUUCUCAGCACAAUAUUUCCUGGCGCGCGGUUCGUCUUCCCCACGGCACGAUGGCGGCGGUCGUCGGCCUUUCGGCGGGCUAUGCUCACGCAGUGGUUUGACGUGGCCGAUAUGCAGGACCGGUCCUUACGCAACGACAAAAAGCUGCCUGGCCUGCGCGAGUCCUUCCAGGAGGUCCUGGCGCUCAUCGAGAAUGAACGCCGCGCGGGCAUCUCUGCGCCCAACAUCAUUCUCGGCGGUCUCAGCAAUGGCUGCGCCAUGUCACUCAUCUGUGCCAUCGCCCUGGGAGGCUGCGGCUUCAUCGGCGGGUUUGUUGGCCUGAGUGGGUGGAUGCCUUUCCAGAAGGAAAUUGAGCAGCACAUUCAUAUUGGCGACGACGACAGCAGCGCCACCAAGGCCGCAGCCGGCCGUGCAUACGUCCGCGAGUUACUCCAGUGGGACACCGUUCUUGAGGACCAGUUGGGUUUGAUGCCCGUUUUUCUCGGACACGGCGCCGUUGAUGAGAAGCUGCCGCUGGCAUCGGGUGAGGAGGCAAGCCGCACCAUGUCAAAUCUGGGAUUUGAUGUCGAAUGGAGACCUUACGAGGGGCUAGGCCACUGGUACAAAAUUCCAGACGAAAUUGACGAUGUAGUCAGCUUCGUCAACCAAAAGUGUCGAUGGGGAGCAAACGACAAAACCGCGAGCACCUGA